AUGGCACAGGACUGGAGACAAAAAGCCACGUCGCGACAGGAGCAUCGCAAUCGCACUAUAGAGGAUGUACAUCCUUCUGUACCGGAAGUCCCUGAAGAUCUACCACGAAAUGUCACUGGCGUGCCUGGGCAGCUUCUGACCAAAGACGUUGUUACCAUGACCGAGACAGCGCCAGAACUCCUUGUCAGAAGGCUAGCCUCGGGAGAAGUGACGAGUGCAUCUGUGACCUCUGCAUUCUUGCAAAGAGCAGGCCUAGCCUCAAGGUUGACAAACUGCGUCACCGAGCUGCUACCCAACGCAGCUCUUGAGAGAGCUCAAUACCUGGACGGCUUCCUGGCGAAGCAUAAGAGACCAAUUGGGCCGUUACACGGACUCCCCAUAUCCGUCAAGGAGCACAUCUCAAUGAAAGGCCUGGACCUCAAUUGUGGGUUUGCCUCCUGGGUUGGUCGGGUCGGCGAAGAUGAUGCACUCAUUCUCAAGCUGCUGUGGAACGCCGGCGCUGUCUUCCACGCUCGCACCACGGAGCCGCAGACUUUAAUGCAUUUAGAGACUUCCAGCAAUAUCUAUGGCGUGACAGUGAAUCCGUACAACAGGGACUUGACCGCAGGUGGCAGUAGUGGAGGGGAAGGUGCACUGCUUGGGUUGAAAGGUAGUCCUCUAGGGAUAGGCUCGGACAUAGGAGGCUCCAUUAGAUCGCCAGCGGCCAACAAUGGCGUCUUUGGCUUGAGGCCAACAUCACAUCGCCUUCCACUUGGAGGCUUGAUGGCGACAAUGCUAGGCGAAGAACAGAUCAUACCCGUAGUCGGUCCUCUAAGUCAAAGCCUCGAAGGCAUCAAACUCUUCAUGGUAUCCCUCCUCGACCAACAACCCUGGCUCUACGACCCCAGCCUCACCCCCAUCCCCUGGAAAGACACCACCACCAACAGCCUCCUCCGCACCGGCCCAGACAACCACCGAAAACUCCGAAUCGGCAUCAUGGCCGACGACGGCAUCGUCAGACCCCACCCUCCAAUCCUCCGCGGCCUCCAAACCCUCACAACAAAACUCCAAGCCCACCCGGACAUCGAACUGAUAACCUUCCCACCCUACCAACACGACGAGGCCUGGCGGAUCAUCUCAAGCCUCUACUUCUCCGACGGCGGAACGGAAGAGAUUGAAGCAAUCGAUGCAUCUGGCGAACCGUGGCGUCCACUCAGUACUUUCAUUAUUAUGGAGAAUCCGAAUGUGAAAACUUUGACGCUGCCGGAGACGUGGAAGGCUACGAUUGAACGGGAUGCGUAUAAGGAAGCGUACUCGCGCCAUUGGAAUAGUGUUAACACUGAACUGCCGGGCCCUAUGUCGGAAAGCCCAGUAGCGGUCGGAGCAGAAGGGAUUCAGGAGAAGAUGGUCGAUGUAAUUCUAUGUCCAGUCGGUCCAGGCUGUGCGCCUUUGCUGGAUACAGCUCGGUACUGGAAUUAUACAUCGCAGUGGAAUCUUCUGGAUUAUCCAGCCAUUGCAUUCCCAACUGGGCUUGCGUGUGGGGCUGAGGAUGUUGCGGAGAAGGACUACAAGCCGCGGAAUGAGCAGGAUGCUUAUAAUCAUGGCCUAUAUGACCCUGAGAGGUAUGCGGAUGCGCCGAUUUCGUUGCAGUUGGUGGGGAGGAGGUAUGAGGAUGAGAAGUUGAUUGAGGCGCUGGAGAUGAUGUUGGAGAUAGCGGGGAUGUCAUGUCGAGCUCUUGAGGCGAAGCUGUGA